GCGGCCUUCAACGCGCCGCGGGAUGUGGUGGUGACCGGCUCGCCCGGCAUCGGCAAAUCCUUCUCCAUGCCCUUCUUGUUCCGCGAGCUCAUGAAAGCAAACAAGACCUUUGUCUUCGAAGCACGCAGGUGGAAUAUGGUGUACUUGUUCAAGCCGCGCGCCAACACCUACGAGGUCGGCAGCAUGACACGGAAAGACUGGGAGCCGGCAGCGUGUGAAGAGCUGAAAGCCCUUGCGAACUACUAUGUCAUCGACCCCGGCGCGGCAGAAAACGGAGGCAUCUGUUUUGUGAACGCGAAGACUGUUGUCGCCCCCUCACCUGAUCCGCAGCACCUUGGAGAGUGGAAGAAGCUCAACCUAGAGUACUUGUUCAUGGCCGCGUGCAGCUUGCAGGAGGCCCGGUGCAUUCUCAAGUAUCUCCGUCCCGAAUUGAACAAGAACCAGGUGGACGAGCGCUACAGACGAUUUGGUGGUAUUGUUCGACACCUGAUUGGCGACCCUGAGCCGGUGGAGAAAGCUCGCAACGAUACCCUGUCGAACCAGAACUUGGUCAGGCGGGUUUGGAAUUCGGGCAUCGUUGAUCAGGGACGCGAGUUGAAGCCCGCGCACUUUCUCUUCCAGAUAGUACCAGAAGACGAUGCCACCAAGAGCAGGGUUGAGUUUGUUAGCGAAGAGGCACUAGACCUGACCAUUCACGAGUAUGAGGAGGAACUGGCUGACCUUUUGACAACGUUUGACCCGCUUGCAAAGCCCAUCCUCGGAGUUCUCUACGAACGCCUCGCGCACCAAGUGCUCUUCCGGGGGACGUUGCUGCUGACGCGAAUGGCCAACGUCACCGUUCCCAUGUUCGAGAUGCGGCUUCCGCCACUCGAUGUAGAAGUCGUGGACGGCAGCAUCGCCGAUCUUUUCAAAGCUGCCACCACCGGGCAGCCACGAUACAUGCGGCCCAGAGAUGAGGGCCUGCCGGUCAUUGAUUCAUGCCUGGCUCCUGUUCAGGACCCGAACAGCAUGUGUUCUGUCAAAGACGGCGUGAUGACAUGCUUCCAGAUCACCGUCAGCGCAAAACACCCCCUGGAUCUUCUCGCCUUGGAACAUGCUGCACAGGAUCUCGGCAUCACCAAGAUUGUUGUUUACUGGGUCGUUCCCAGAGACAACUUUCGAGAGUUCAACCGCCAGCAGACUUCCGGGCAUACACUUGAAUUCGAGCAGCGCGUCCUUUCGCUCGAUGCUCCCCGCAAUCCCUUCACCAAGACGGAGAUGCAAGAGCGGUUGCGGAAGGCUGAGCUUUCUAAGCUUACCACAGAAGACCAGCAGCUCCUCAACAAAGAGAGUGAUGAUCUGAAGCUCCGGUACUUGGUUAUGAAAUCUUUCGAAAAACAAGAUGUCCAGAACAUGAUCAAUGCAGUGUUAAAACAGGGGAAAAGAAAGAAAAACCAGGAUCCUGUACCUCUGCGCGCAGCACGAGCUUGGGAUGAGAUUGUUGCCUGUAUGACUCGGACAAAACAGAGAG